AUGACUCUCUACUACACUCUCGUGUUCAUGCUCCUCAUGGCGGAGAUGGGGCUUUUCAUGCUCCUUCUGGUGCCCCUUCCCUUCGCCGUCAAGCGGAAGUUGUUCACCUUCAUCUCCGAGAGUCCAAUCGUGGCAAAAGUGCAGUAUUGGAUGAAGAUCACAUUCGUCUUCAUCCUGAUUCUGUUCAUUGACAGCGUCAACCGCGUUUACCGCGUCCAAGUCGAGUUGGCGAUUGCGACUGAGAACCAGAACAGCGGCGCCGCCGUCAUGGGUCACGAACGCCUUGAGGUGCAAGCCCGCAAGUUCUACUCCCAGCGCAACAUGUACCUUUGCGGCUUCACCCUCUUCCUUUCCCUCAUCCUCAACCGCACCUACGUUAUGAUCCUUGAGGUGAUGCGUCUGGAGGACAAGGUCCGCGGCUACGAGGGUACCAAGGGCAACACCAAGGAGAGCGAGAAGCUUGCCGUUGCCGGUGAUGCCGGUGAGAUCGCCAAGCUUCGCAAGCAGCUUGAGGAGAAGAACCGCGACCUCGAGACCCUCAAGAAGCAGAGCGCCGGUCUGCACAAGAGCUACGACGAGCUCUCUGACCAGUACGCCUCUACCCAGCUCAAGGGUGACAAGAAGGCGCAGUAA